AUGGCACGCGGUAACCAAAAGGAGAGAGCUCGUGAAAAGAACUUGAAGGCCGCAGGCAACGUCAAAAACAAGAACACCAUGUCUGGCUCUGAGCAGGCUAAGGCCAAGGAGAGCGCAGCCGAGAUCAUGCGCGCAAAGCAGGCUGCAGCCGAUGCCAAGAAGGCCGCUGAGGGCAAGAAGUAA